GCAAUGAGUUCUCAACUGUUUUUCAGUUGAUAGUUAUUCCAUAAAAAUCAUUAUAAAGUACCGGGUACUUACUUUUAAAUUUAAGUGAAAAUGUUUUUUUUUUCUCUAUUUACAAUUACAAGAAUCAAUAAAUUUUGUUCAUAAGUUUACUGCAGUAAAUAUUUGCAUGAAUCAUACUCGCUCAACUUACACAAAAUUUCUAUUGAGGCUAAUCAAUUUUUUUUAAACAAACAAUGGGGGACGAAUUAAUAUCAAGAUUUAGAAGUUUAAAUGCUUCUAAUUCAUCACGAAGUCAACAGACUAAUAUAACCAGUUUAAGAAAUACAUCAACCUGGAAAUAUUCAACAAAAGAAUUUUUCUAUCAAAUUUUUGAGUGGAACCCCACAUGGCUUGUUGACAAAAAUUAUGAAGAAGUACCUCCGCCUAUAAUUGACUCAAUAGAAAUGCAACCUACUAAAUUAUUAUAUUCGGAUCACAAAUCUUAUCGAGAAACUAUGCUACCGUUUACGGUCCAUGAAUUUUGGUAUCAGUUGAAAGAUAAUUUUGUUGAAGAGAGGAAGCGAAAAAAACUCAAAGAAAUAACUCCAAGUGUAAUGCAAAGGUCUUACAGUUCUGUAGUGGUUGAUGACCCAACUAAAAAAUUUAUCAGCUUGCAAUUAAUAGCUACGGUACCAUACAGUAGUGAUCUUGAAGACUUAUAUCCCAGUAGAGGUGAUUUAGUCAUGAUAGCAAACAGAAAAAAACCAUAUUCAGAGUUCGGAUAUGUGGAUGAAGUAGUAAGAACUGGUGGAAAAGACAAGGGAAAUAUAACAUUAAAUUAUCGUUUGAUGACUAGAUUUACCCCAUUGAACGCUUUACCAGAUCAUCUGUCAUUGACAACAGCUGGAUGGAUAUUGUCUUAUUUGACGAUUUUAGAGGCUUUGGAUAACAUUCCCCAAUCAAUACUGUGUAAGCCAAUUUUAGAGCCGCAUCCUGAAUCGUACAAAUUAUCUUCAACAACCGAGAUUCUGUUUCCGAUAACUGAGGAAAGCUUGAACGAGAAGCAGACGGAAAUAAUGUCAAGAGUAAUAGCUACAAUCCAAAGAUCCACCUCCGGAAUAUUUUUAAUCCAGGGACCUCCAGGGACUGGAAAGUCAACUUGUAUUAAAAAUAUUAUUGCAAAUACAUUGAAAACAAAUAGUGCAUCACGAUUAUUAGUAUGUGCACCAUCAAAUAAAGCGAUCGAUGAAUUAGUUUUAAAACUGCUUGCUAUACAACCAGCAAUGCAAAAGCAAGGUGUUCCAUUUUUUAUUGUGCGUGUGGGUAGAGAAGAAAAAAUUCAUAAAAAAGUACUUCCUAUAUCUUUGCAAAGACUUGGUCGUGAAUGGAAGAAACAUACUAUUUUCAAACUCGAAACGAGAGUGUCUAUGAUUGAGGAAGAAAUUUUAAAAAAUGCAAAUAUUAUUGCUUGUACUUUGUCGUCAUGCUAUACAAGUUAUAAAAUGAAGAAUCUGUUUGGAAAUGGUGGCCUACAAAUUCCAUUUUGCAUCAUCGAUGAAGCAGCUCAAGCCACCGAAUUAUUAACAUUAGUACCGACGUUGUUAAGGAUACAAAGAUUGAUUUUGGUUGGAGAUCCACAACAAUUACCACCAACUAUUUUAUCCAAUAAAGCGAAGGGAUAUGGAUACGACUCAUCGCUUUUUGCGAGGGCACAACAUAUUUUUGAACACGAAUUAGAAAACCCUAUUGUUAUGUUGGAUACUCAGUACAGAAUGUUGGAUAUGAUCGCACAGUGGCCUAAUCGUUAUUUUUACGGAGGACUUUUAAAAAAUGCGGCAUCUGUAGCUCCAUUAGAUUUCUUUAAUUAUAAAGUAUUGAAUCAUUCGUUUCCACAAGACACUGACGGCAGAUCAAAUCCCAAUGAAGCUAUACUAGUGGCCAAUUUAAUUCGUGCUUUGAGAGAAAAAAAUAAGUUGAUACAGUCUGAAAAAGAAAUUACUAUUGGCGUGAUUACACCAUAUCAAAAUCAACGUAAACUUAUUAAUUCACUGAUAAAAACUAUUAACAAAAAAAAGGAACAACCCAAACAAUUGAAAAUUAAAAAACGUUCUGAUAAAGAUGAAGAUGAUGUUGAUGGUAAUAUUGAUAAAAAUAAAAAUAAUCAAUCAGAGAAUUCUGAAAAAGAAAGCAUCGAUGCCAAAAACAACGAAGAAAUUAAUGAUGAAGACUAUAAAGAAAAUAGUGGCAGUGAAGAUAGUACAGAUGAGGACGAAAAUAUCAAUAUUGAUAUAAACAACUGUGGUAUAACAAUAAUUUCAGAAGCUGCUAAACUGGAAAUGAAAAAGAAAAUCGAAAAGAAAAAAAAAGCUAAAAGAGCUAAGAAAAUAGAAAAAGAUAACAAGGAUGAUGGGAAAAAAAAAGAUGAGGCUCCUAAGCAAAAAAAAAUUGAAGUCAACACGGUAGAUAGUUUUCAAGGGUCUGAGUGUGACAUAAUCGUGUUGUCAUGUGUUCGCAGUGAAGGAAUUGGAUUUGUUAAAGAUCCCAAUAGACUUAACGUUAGUCUAACGCGCGCGAAACACAGCUUAAUACUAUGUGGUAACUUUAACGCUUUUAGGCGUAAUGAAAUGUGGCAGGAUUUAUUGGAUGAUGCACAUGAACGAGGUGUCUACUUCAAUCUUACCGAAGGAGAAGAAAUAAAAUCACUUAUUGAUCACGUUAUUAUUAAUCACAAACAUUAAUAAUUUUUAAUCUGCUAGAUUUAUGUUUUAAAGCAUGUUAAUAAUAA